AUUAUCGCUAGUAAACAUUCCUUUUAGUUUAAAAUAAAAUUAUAUUUCAUGUAAUUGUUUAAAGACAGUGAAAGUGUAAUUAUAGUGUAUCGUAACAUAGACAAAGUCAAUUAUAUUAUAAACACAUGUUUGUGAUAUCAUAUACUUCUGCAACAUUCCUUUCAUUGUAGGUUAUGAGUCAUAGCCUAUUUUUUACGGAAUUUACUGUCUACUUCCCAUAAAAAAAGUCAUUCUGUCAUUGCUAGCUAAAAAUGUUGAAUACAAUAAAAAUAUCAGUGAAGACAGAAAAUACAGAAAAAAGGUGACACCGAAAAAAUUAAGAAAAAAAGUAAAGUAUACAUAUUGAUAUUAUAGUUCAAAUAAUAUUCAUAAUUGUCGUAACACAAUAAGGAUCACAGUGUAGUUAAGAGAAACAUUGUGAAACUUCUAUUAUUGUACUAUAUAUAUGGGAAUAAUUAUGUAUUAUUAAUACUAAAUUUUUGUGGGAGUAAUUAAUUUUAUAAACAGAAGUAACUUUGAAAGAACACAAUACUAUUUUUAAUUGUGACCAAAGUAUUAAUAUAUGACUAAAGAUAUUAUCUAUAUAAUUUUAAAUGAUAUAAAUAAAAAGUAUUUUGUUGAUUUGCAAAAAGAGAAAAAUUGAGGAUAAAAGAUACGAAAUACUUAAAGUGAUAAUUUUAUAUAAUAAACUUCAAGAUAUUUUUAAUACCUAUAAUAAGUUUAACAAGUAUGACCAGCCCAUUAAGAGAUCAACCGUGGGGUUUGCAAGUUAUUGAAAAUGCAUUUGUGAAAUGCUGCGCUCACAGUCGUGUCAAUCGAAUGACAUGGCAUCAAGGCGUUAUUUUAGCACUCACAUAUUUAGCAUAUACCUGUUACCAUAUGACACGGAAGCCCAUGUCCGUUGUAAAAAAUGUGUUGAGUUUCAACUGUAGCACUUUAUCACCACCCCCAAACUUUUUAAUCAACUCUAGUAAUCAAGAUACGUGGUGCGAUUGGGCUCCAUUUGAUACUGCAGAUGCUCCAGCAUUAUUGGGCAUUUUGGAUUCAGCAUUCCUGUUUUCAUAUGCAGCAGCCAUGUUCCUCAGUGGUUUUAUAGCAGAAAGAGCAAAUUUACGAUAUUUUCUUGCAUUUGGGAUGCUUGCAUCUGGUAUAUCUUGUUAUCUCUUUGGUAUUGCUAAGCCAUACAACAUUCAUAGUUUAUGGUAUUUUGUUCUAGUUCAAGCCAUUGGUGGUGUCUUUCAAACAUCAGGUUGGCCAGGUGUAGUUACAGUUGUAGGAAAUUGGUUUGGAAAAGCAAAAAGAGGAUUGAUCUUUGGAAUAUGGAAUUCUCAUACAUCAUUAGGCAAUAUUUUGGGCAGUUUAAUAGCUGCCAAAUUUGUGGAAUCUGAUUGGGGUCUAAGUUUCAUGGUACCUGGAAUAAUAAUGGGCUUAACAGGAUUUAUAAUAUUUUUAUUUCUAGUACCAAAUCCUACAGACAUAGGAUGUGUACCACCUGCCCCACUUAGAUAUAGAAAAUUUGAGGCUGCCCAUAGUUCAGAUGAAGGAAGUGGUGCAGAUGAAUGUGAAAAUGUACACAAUCGUCUCACUUAUCGUUGUGCCUACCGCGAACAAGUCGAUAUUAAUGACAUUGAAAAUGGACGAUCUGAAACUAGUCCAAUAUUACCAAGACAUAGACAUAUACAAGAGAAUCAUAGAGGAAAUGCAAUUGGAUUCAUAGAAGCUAUAAUGAUACCUGGAGUCGUAGAAUAUUCUCUCUCUUUAUUUUUUGCAAAACUUGUAAGCUAUACAUUCCUAUAUUGGUUACCAUUGUAUAUUGCAGCUUCAACUACUUACAGCACAACAUUAAGUGCAGAUCUUUCUACUUUGUUUGAUGUUGGUGGCAUAAUGGGUGCAAUAGCAGCUGGUGUUUUGUCUGAUUAUACUGGAAAAAGUGCUUUAACAUGUGCAGUCAUGCUUGGAUUUGCAGUUCCAAUGUUAUUCCUGUAUGACUACAUUGGGAGUACUGGUUGGGCAAUCAACAUAGUAUUGUUACUAAUAGCUGGUUUAUUAGUAAAUGGACCAUACGCAUUGAUAACAACUGCAGUAUCUGCUGAACUAGGAACCCAUCCCAGUUUGGGAAACAAUUCUAAAGCUUUAGCUACAGUUACUGCAAUUAUCGAUGGUACAGGUAGUAUUGGAGCUGCUGUAGGUCCACUGUUAGCAGGAGUGGUAGCUCGUUGGACUGGUUGGCAUAAUGUGUUUUAUAUGCUCAUGGUUGCUGACAUGUUGGCAUUAUUGCUUUUAUCAAGGUUAGUUUACAGAGAUAUACAACUAUAUAGACGACGACGGAGGGCCAUUUAAUUUUAUUCUCAUACAUUAAGUAAAAGAUAACGUACAUAUACGUAUUAAAACAAAUUCUUCAAAUAUGUAUUUAAAUUUUAACUUUUUUAUAAAUUACAUAAAAUGUAUAAAAUAUUGCUCUUUAUGUUCAAUCAUGUCAAAUUAUAUAUAUCUAAAAUGUAUGUAUUAUUAAGUUCUAGAAAUAGUUAACACCAGUGCACCUGAAUAAACAGUAUAUUUUUACAACUAA